GCAAAGUCCCCAGCAGCGUGACAGAAUCACAGACCAGACCCUCAAGGACCAUCGAGCCCAAUUCCUGGCCCUGCACAGAGCUCUUUAACAAUCCCACCCUGUCCCUGGGAGCGUUGGCCAAGCGCUCUUGGACUUCUGGCAGCCUCGGGGCCGGGGCCAUUCUCUGGGGAGCCAGAGCAGUGCCCCAGCACCCUCUGGGGGAAAAAAACCUUUCCCUGAUAGCCACCCUAAACCUCCCGGACACAGCUCCAGCCGCUCCCUCGGGUUCUGUCACUGGCGCCAGAGAGCAGAGAUCGGAGCUGCCCCUCUGCUUCCCCUCACGAGCAAGUUUUAGACUGCGAGGAGAUCUCCCCUCAGACUCCUCCUGAACACACCAAGUAACCUCAGCCGCUCCCCCUAAGGCUCCCUUCUCAAGGCGUUUCACCACGUCCGCUGCCCUCCUUCGGACGCUAACACCUCAGGAUCGUCCUUAUACUGUGGCGCCUAAAGCCGCGCGCAGGACUCAAGGCUCGGCCGUGCAGCUGGACUUUCCUCCCGCGGCCAUGAGCUCCGGAGCGGCGGCGGGGCCGAUCUUCGCCGAGGGCGAGGACUGCAGGGCGGCCUGGAGGGAAGCCACGGCGGGCUACGAUGAGCCCGAUGCCCACCUGGAGAUCCUGGGCAAGCCGGUGAUGGAGCGCUGGGAGACCCCCUACAUGCACUCGCUGGCCACCGUGGCUGCUUCCAAGGGCGGCCGCGUGCUCGAGGUGGGGUUUGGCAUGGCCAUCGCCGCCUCCAAGGUGCAGGAAUUCGGCAUCGAGGAGCACUGGAUCAUCGAGUGCAACGAGGGCGUUUUCCGGCGCCUGGAGCAGUGGGCCAAGGCACAGCCACACAAGGUGGUGCCCCUGAAGGGGCUGUGGGAGGACGUGGUGCCGACGCUGCCGGACGGGCACUUCAGCGGGAUCCUGUACGACACCUACCCGCUCUCGGAGGACACCUGGCACACGCACCAGUUCAACUUCAUCAAGGGCCACGCCUUCCGCCUGCUGCGGCCCGGAGGGGUCCUCACCUACUGCAACCUCACCUCGUGGGGGGAGCUGCUCAAAACCAGGUACAGCGACAUCGAGAAGAUGUUUGAGGAGACCCAGGUGGGGCCGCUGCUGCAGGCGGGGUUCAGGAGGGAGAACAUCAGCACGAGGGUGAUGGAGCUGCAGCCGCCCCGCGAGUGCCGCUAUUACUCCCACCCCAGGAUGAUCACCCCCACGGUCCUCAAGCACUGAGGGCCCGCCCGGGGAGCAGGAGCUGGGCGUGAGCUGAUGGGGAGGAGAAAAGCUCUGAUCUCCUUUAGAGCCCCCCAGAGAUGGGUGGAGGAUUGGGAUGGAUUCCAGGGGAUAAAAGGACAGGAAAGCCCCUGCCCCAGCAGCCCCCUGCCCUGGAGGGGUCUUGUGGGCUCUGGGGAAGAUCUCAGAUCUCACCCUGCUCUGUCUCCUCAAGACUUCAAAUUCUCAGUUAAGCUGGAAUUUCAGAGUGUGGUUUGGAUCCUUUGGCCAAACAGGCUCCAGAACCAGCCAUUUCCCUAAAAACUGCAUCAUUUUGAGAAAUCACACGGUGGAUUCCCACAAGAGUCAAAUAAUCCAAACCAGGUGGGAGAAAUGGGGCAAGCUGAGGCAUUUUGAGGCAUUUCAGCUUCUCCUGAAGCAACUCCCCAGGGAGGUUUCCCAACAUUUUCAGCCAAAGCCCACGGCAGCAAAUCCUGACCCCAACACCCCCUCACAGCUCAAUAAAUGAGGUUUCCUCUCUCCCCAGAAGGGAUAAAGUCCAUUAAAAGGAAUGAAAUACCCAAAC